UGAAGAAUGUACAUAAGAAGAGAAAAUUGCAGGGGAAUUUAUUAAUAAAAUUAAAAAAUGAUUAUUUUAAAUUAAAACAUACCUCAUAUAUCCGAUAUAAUAUUAGGGAAGAUAUAUAUACAUUACCCCCUUAUAAUAACAAACAAGUUGAUAUUAUUAAUUCAUAUGUUCAGAAGUUUUCUUUCCAUUUAUUUAUAUAAAAUGAUAAUUCAAUAGUAGAGGAUAAUAAUAUUUUAUAUUUUAUCCAUGUAACAAAUAAAAAGAGUCAAGUUCUUUUUUCAGUGCAACCGUAUUAUAUCUAUUUAUAUACAAAGAAGGAAGCCCUUCUUUUUACCAGAUUAAAUAAAACUAUGAAUCCAAAUAUGUUUGAAACGAUUAAUGAACAAAUUAAUCAGAUUAAUCGAACUAUUGUUAUGGAUGCACAUGCAUGUUUCUCUGGAGGAAAAAACAGAUUUAAUUAUUUAAUACAUUCUUUAGAAAAUGAAGCAACAUAUAAUUAUGAUAAGGGAGAAUAUGAUAAGAAAUUAAGUAUAUACCAAAUUUAUGAUAGAUAUUUUAUAAAUUUUUUAGAAAAGAAAAAAAAUGAUAUUAAGAAUGAAUUAAAUAAUAUUACAACUGAUGUUUCUAAAAUGCUGAAUCAAUUAAGUUGUAAAAAUAAUAUAUAUGUAAUACAGAAUUUUAUUUGAAAAAAAUUUAAUCUUUAUAUAUUACACUUAAAUGAGGGUUCAAAUACAUUCAAUGAUACCUAUUUAUCUAAAGCUAAGAAUCUUUUACAAUCAACUUAUAAUGUUAUAAAAUGAAUAUAAAAUGAAAUGGAAAACUAUCAAAGUAUAUACUCAGUCAUGUAUAUAUACGAUCAUUUGGCUGUUAUUAUGAAAAGAUAUAAUUUUCAUUUAAAUAAUAUGAAUUAUGGAAAAGAACAUAUUACACAAUUAUUACAAAAGAAGAAUCAUAGUACUUCUACUUCUAAUUUGAAUAAUGAUAAUAUAUGUAGCACUAAAUAUAUAAUAAAUAAAGUAUUUGAAUACGCAAAUUUCUUUUCUUCUUAUAAAUAUAUUUAUGAAAUAUUAACACAACUGAAUUCUUUAAUUAUUAGAAAUGAAAUGAGAU